AUGUAUUAUAGGGGCCAAAACAGAUCCCACUGCUAGAAACACGCUAUCGCUCGAAAAUGUGUUUGUUUCCGGCGGUACUCUAGCUGAUCGCAUAGCCGCAUUGAUUCUCUUGGUGCAGCAUUCGCCGGUGCACAACCUGAAACAUCUAGAUGCGUUGGUGAACAUGGCUUCGAAAAAGAGUCGUCGAGAAGCUACGAUGACGAUUGAUUCACUCAAGGAACUUUUCAUCCAAGAUCUUCUUCCUAACCGCAAGCUGAUUGACCUUUCAUCGAGACCUCUUGGUGCGAUUGAAAAGGCUUGCAAUGACGGUUCAGAGGGUGAUAAGUUACUGCUGUUGUAUUACUUUGAAAGUGAAUUGAAAAAGCGUUACGCUUCCUUCGCUCACGCCUUGCUGGCAUGGAGCCAUGACACGGUCGAAGUGACUCGAAUCCAGGCAUGUCAUGUUUUGGUCGAUCUGUUAAUUGCAAAGCCUGAGCAGGAACAGUUUCUAUUGUCGACGUUGGUAAACAAAUUUGGGGAUAGCAGCGUUAAGGUUUCUACGCAGGUGAGGCACGUUCUCAAUCGACUUCUGUACACGCAUCCCAAUAUGACAGCCGUUGUAGUGAACGAGGUGGAAAAAGUCCUUUUUAGGUUCGAACGGCUAAGAUGCAUUUGUAGGCAAAAUAUCGACAUCAAGACUCAGUUUUACUGUCUCUGCUUCCUGAACCAGAUAAUCCUCGACCCUCACAACAUGGAGGUAGCGCGGAAGCUGCUAGAUAUCUACUUCACGUUGUUCAAGCUUCUGGUGGCGGUUGUCGAGAUAGAUAACAGAAUUCUUGGAAAUCUGCUCAUCGGCAUAAACAAGGCUUUUGGCAUUGUAAAAGGCAAUUACGAUGGUGUCGAUGAGCACAUCGACAUGUUGUACAAAAUUGCGGCGAUUUCGAAAUUUAGUACCAGUCUGGAGGCAUUGAUGCUGCUGUUUCAGGUGCUCAAACACAGCGUUGGCAUGAACGACAGGUUUUAUCGCUCGCUUUAUAAAAAACUGCUGGAUCCGGCGCUAGUGUUUGGAACGAAAAGCUACGGGUUCUUUUUUCAUCUGAUGUAUUUGGCGCUGAAGAACGACCCGAUUGAAAUCCGUGUUCGUGCCUUUAUCAAACGCCUGUUGCAGGUUUGUCUACACUGCCCGCCAACAGUCAUUUGCUCGACGAUGCUGAUGAUAUCCGAGAUCGCCAAAGAGAGGAAAGAAGUGUUCAGCUGGCGAGACGAAAUUCAGAUUAACUCUGAUCUGUUGGCUGACGACGAAGAACGUUUUGUGGACACGCACGGGGCAGACUCGGACCACGAAUCCAUGAUUAGCGGUAGCGUGUCUAAAGAAAACCGCCAGCCGUCGACGUGGGUACACAAACAGAACCCGUCAAGUACCGAAACGAAGCUCGAUCACUAUGAUCCCCUUCAUCGCGAACCAAUGCACUGCGGAGUUCAGUAUUCUCAAGAAGUUGAAUUCGAGCAACUCCUGAAGCACUUCCACCCUUCUGCCAUGCUCUUCGCCCGAUCUGAAGAAAGCAUGAACUAUCCCGGCAACCCGUUGGAGGACUUUUCGCUGGCGCACUUUUUGGAACGCUUCGUGUUCAAAAAUCCGAAGACGCUGGUCACCGACACCACGGCAAACGCCUCAAAGCCGCAUAUUUUCAAGCGCAAAAGCUAUGAUCCUUGGGGAGUCAAACGUCUGGCCGUCACUUCUGACCAGUACGCGCAACAGCCGGCCGAAAGCAUUCCUGCAGACGAAAAGUUUAUUCACAAGUAAGA